AUGUCGCCGUCACAAUGGUGGAUAAACAGCGGCACGGGAGGCAAGGUCUUCGCUGUUCGUUCGAACGCAAGACUUUGUGAGACGGUGACCUCAUUUAGCAUGGAAAGCGAGACGUGUGUGGGCGUAGGGCGGCCCCCCAGCGCCGCGUUUGUCCGGCAGCGGGCAGCGGAGCGAGGCACGGGCCAGUCUGAGGCACGCGCCCUCCGCGCCCGCCCGCCC